ACUCGGUAGUCACGAGUCACGAAUCUUUCAUAUGACUCGGGAGUCACAAGUCAUAUGAAAGAUUCGUUCAUUUUGAACGAAUCACUCGCGAACGACACAUCACUACUCUGUAUAAAAGCAUCUGCUGGACUCACGCAGCCCCGCAUCUCACUGUUUCUCUCACACGCACGCACAUUCCCACACCAACCCUCACGCACCUCUAAGAUCCACUCACACCCAGUCUCUUUCCUCUGCACAGCAGUGGGACAGCGCAAAGUUGAGGGAACCAUGAGUUACUCCGGUGAGAUUUACACCAGCAGCUCCUACAGGAAAAUCUUCGGAGAUGCGCCACGCGCCGGACGCGUAGGCCUGGUUGCGGGCAGCAGCCCGUCCCGCCUUCAGUCUGUGGGAUUCCGCAGCAGCCACAACCGCACCUACGGCUCCCCGUCCUCGGUGUCCUCCACCAACUACCACAGGACAGCGGCUCCUGGCCGCGUCUUCUCCUCCUCCAUGAUCCCGGACUCCUCCUUCAUGAUCCCGGACUCCUCCUUGGACCUGACCCAGUCCACUGCCAAAACCAACGAGCUCAAGAUCAUCCGCACUAACGAGAAGGAGCAGCUGCAGGGUCUCAAUGACCGCUUCGUGUCCUUCAUCGAAAAGGUGCACAACUUGGAGCAGCAGAACAAAGUGCUGGAGGCGGAGGUGACCCUCCUGCGCCAGCGCCACAACACCGCCACAACACGUCUCCAUGAGUUGUACGAGUAGGAGAUCCGGGAGCUGCGUGCCCGCGUGGAGGAGCUGAGUCACGAGAAGAGCCAGAUGCACCUGGACUGUGUGCAGAUGAGCGACACCCUGGAGAGGGUGCGGGAGAAGCUGGAGGAGGAGAGCAGAAUGCGGGAGGAAGCUGAGACCACGCUGAAGGGCUACCGCAAGGACGUGGACGACGCCACACUGGCCCGUCUGGAGCUGGAGAAGAAAGUGGAGUCGCUGCUGGACGAGACCGCCUUUCUCAGGAAAGUUCAUGAGGAGGAGCUGCAGGAGCUGCAGACGUCUCUCCAGGCUACGCAGGUUUCAGUGGAGAUGGACAUGAGCAAACCAGACCUGGCUGCUGCCCUGAAGGACAUCAGGGCACAGUAUGAGAACCUGUCAGCCAGGAACCAGGUCCAGACUGAGGAAUGGUACCGAUCUAAGUUUGCCACUGUGACUGAGGCAGCUGCUCACAACCAGGACGCCAUCAAGCAUUCAAAGGAGGAGCUGAGCGAGUAUCGCAGGCAGGUACAGGCCUGCACCCUGGAGAUCGAGGCCCUUAAGGGCCACAACGAGGCACUGGAGAGGCAGAUUGCAGAGAUGGAGGACUGUCAUAACAAUGGAAUUGGAGAGUUGCAGGACACCAUCCAGCAGCUUGAGGCUGCGCUGCACAGCACCAAAGGAGAAAUGUCUCGUCACCUGCGUGAAUACCAGGACCUUCUGAACGUUAAGAUGGCGCUGGACAUUGAGAUUGCUGCCUACAGGAAGUUGCUGGAAGGUGAAGAAUGCCGCCUCAGUGCUGUAAGUGGAGCCAUGAUCCAGUCAGGAUAUCCAGGCUUCUCCUACAUCUCUGCUCAAAGCUACACCCUUGGUGCACUGAGGAAGUCCGGUGCCAAACCUGAGGUAGAGGAGGAGGAGCCAGAAGAGGAGGAAGAGGAUGAGAAGGAGGAGGAAGAAGGAGAGGUGGGAGAAGAAGGAGAGGAAGAGGAUGGAAAAGAUGGAGAAGAGGGAGAAGAUCAGGAGGAAGGUGAAGAAAGAGAAGAGGAGGGAGAGGCUGAGGAGGAGGAGAAGAAGGUGAAGGGAGAGGAAAAAGAAAAGGAAAAGGAGAAAAAGAGCCCCAUUGGCAAGAACAGCAAGAGCUAAAGUGCUUGUUUAGAUAUCUUCAUCCUCAUCCUCAUCAGCAAAUAAGUCCACAUAACACCCAUCACGUGUAAUGGAUAUCGUUACGGUUAAAAAAUACACACCCUGCUCUUUCACUUUCAUAACACACAACACAUCAAACAGACCCUUCCUCAAACCCAUACUCUUACACAAAAGUAAUUAGAACUCUGAUGACGGAACCACAACAUUGUCCCUUAACAUUAACAUUUAGCUGUGAGGAUCUACUACAUGACCUUUUCAAUAUGUCAAUAUAUGUCCUCAGUAAAAUAGAUUCAAUUUUUUUUUCUCUUACAUCAAACAGUGAUAAAUGCCAGACCAUUAGUGACCAUUCAGUGUUUAUGUAUCCCAUUCUGACUAAAUCUUGGCCACAGACAGUAGGAUUUACCAGACAUAUGAUGGGAUAUACAGUACAUAGACUAUUGGAGACCAACCAUUCAUCACAAAACAUUAACAAAGUUACUGUUUAGCUCUGUGUAUGUGGUUCUCAAGAUUAUUGGCUUGAACAAAUACUUAACCCUAAAGUCUAUUCUUAUCUAAUUCUAACUCUUAAUCUAAAAUCUAAAAUUUAACAUUUAAAACUAUAUCAUAACAUAACCAUAUCCAUCUUAACCUGGAGACCUGAUGAAAUGUCCUCACAACCUCAGCAUGUAAGGUUGUAAACAUAAACGUGUCCUCGCAAAAUAUCAAGCAAGACUUUGCCCUCUUGUGGUAAUGCUAGUUAAUGUACUGUGAUGCACCUCUUUGCAGUCAGUGUCUAAGAGGACAACAAAUGUCUCUCUCCCUCUCUCUCUCUCUCUCUCACACACACACACACACCUGUUUACUCAGUAGCAGAUUUCUCUGACACUUAUCCAACAAAGCAGGUGUUCUAGAGGGAGCUAAUACUAUAACGUUACAUUAAAACUCAGAAAACCAUUACACACCGUCUUCACACUCUGCCACAACUUUUCACCACGGGUGUGGAAAGACGUCUUGUAAGCCAGCAUGAUGCCACAGAGUUUCACUAGUGUUUCAAACUGAAUGUGAGCCGCAGCAAAUGUGCCAUGUUUUGAUUAAUAAUCACCGCAAAAGCAAUCAAUACCUGGUUGAAAGUAACAAUUUUUGUCAGCACACACACUAAUUAGACUAACACUUAUUAGACAAAUGCACAGAUUUUGGAGCAUGAUGAAAGAUUGACCAAUUCCAACUUUUACGGUGCUAUUUAAUUUUUACAUACAAUAAAAGUUGGGGAGUACUGUAAAGUGGAGGUUUUAUUCCCAAAUCAAUACAUGGUCGAUCAGCUUUUUUGUUUUGAACGUUUGUUCGUGUUUGAAAUGUGUGUUACUGUACACAGUAGGCGAGUGCUUUCUUCCACCGCUUUGCAUUUUCUUCCCCACAACCUGAUGUGGGGUACCUGAAAUGUACCACCGACCCUUCACUCCUCUUGUUUCUGUCUUCUCAUUUCACCGCAGCCCUGCGAUGAAGGCUACUCAGAGCUCAGACAAUUCUGUAAAUACUGUAGAAGUGUGCUGGGAGGGUGGGUGCUUUUCUUUCAUUUGCUUGAAAAACAGAGGACGAGAAGGUGGAGAGGUGGUGAUAAAAUGUUUAGAGUUUAAAGUGAUGCUAUAUAUUUAUUUUGGAGUAUACACAGUGGAGUAUCCAACCCUCUGAUCUUUUGAUUGAUUCAUUUGUCAAGAAUUGUUUCUCCCAUGUAAUUUUUUUUCUUAAAAUACAAAUCCAGUGCUUAUUAUUUCUAUCCUUUUGUUCUUCAUCCUUAUACAAACUUGUGUUCAGUUUAGCUGUAAAGUGAGCAAGAAGGUGAUGGCUGUGAGUGUCAGGCAGCAGAAGGUGACACUGAGAGUCCUCAGCUCAGGCUGCAGGUGACAGGUGAUGCUGCCAGUGUCCUAGUGUUAAGGGCACAUUUAAGGGCUACUUUCACUAUAUCUCCCUGUACCAUUUCCCCCUUCUGUACUGUCACGUUACACUUCGUCAUCUUUUGUCUGUUUUUGACAAAUGAAUCAACCAUCAGGCAUGAAUGCAUGGCCUGACUCAUGGACUAUUUUUGGAUGAGGUAGAGUUUUUGCUUGCCCAGCAUUUAAAAGAAUAAUAAAAUAAUAAUAAAAAUAAUAGUAAAACACUUGCCUUAACAUGACUGAAGUUAAAAUAAAACACUUGUUCACCUGCAUCUCACUUGUUUUUGGGAAAGCUGAGGAGUGACACUUUCCAGAGUGCUGUACAACUGUGACUGUGGCUUCCUCUCAAAGCCAAAUAAAGACAUGUAUUAACCAAAAAUCACUGCCUGUGUGUUUCCUCCAUGCAAAAACAAAACAAAACUACAGAGGAUAUUUAUGAAAUACUGGGAAAAGUGAUAAAAACACAUAAGCUUUCAAAAGACAGUUGGUACAGAAAUACUGUGCUAUGGAGUCAGUCAGUUUUUUAAAUAAAUAAGAAAAUGAUAUUCUCUAAUUUUCAUCUUUGGCCAAAAGCAGGUUGACUCCAUUUUAAAAACCUAUACAUGUUGUAAAAGUGUUAAGUCAGGUUUGUCUGUUUCUGUUGGGUUGAUGAGUUUCAUUCACUCACCAUUUCUUGUUCUUUUUUCUCACUCGGCUCACCUGGUGCCCUGGGUACCUCUCUGCGUCAUGUUGUUCAUGUUGCACAUCAUCCCACAUCAUCUGGCCCAAAUGAGGGUGUAUUAAACAUGUGAAUUAGAGUCAUACAGUUUGAGAAACUAAAGGACUCAAGACCAGCUGUCCUUUUAACUGAGUCAUUUCUUUUUAUUUCCUCGACAAGAACAUUCUGCCACAAACAGGGCUGUUAAAUGGUCUGUUCUUUGGAGUAGUUUUGUGGCUUUAAUAAGUAGAUUAGCUGUGUAUUUGUGAUAAUCCACCCCUGGAAGCUUGUGAUGUAUUGUUAACAAUAGGAAACAGGUGUGGUUGUGGUCCCAUUAGUCAGAAGUAGCAUUGGCUGCUGCAGUGGGUGGGGCUUAAACACUGCUGGAGGCGCAACCCACUGCUGAAGUGUGGUCCUCAGUGCAGCAGUGUGUGAAUCCUGCUGUGUCAGGACGGGCUUUAGAAAAUAUGUCAGGGUGGGACCAGUGCACCGACUUAAUUAUUUACAUUUCUGUCACAGUGGUCAAAUGGGUCCUACAGAUGGGUCAAUCCAACGUUACAGAAUUUACUUCCUACAAUAAUAGUCAUUACCUGCAUUGUUGCAGCUGCAGACUGUUUGCUUCUUGUACCUAUUGACUUAUCUUAGCCUCUCGUUUGCUUACGUUAGCCCCCCAACAACCAAAAUGUCUCCAAUAAGAGCUUCAUCAGUGCCUGAGCUUGUUUAUUGUGUGUGUGUGGGUGUGUGUGUGGGUGUGUGUGUGUGAGAGAGAGAGAGAGAGAGAGAGAGAAAAUAAGCACAGUGGCAAAAACAUCAGCUUCAACAGGUGAUAAAUACAGAUGUCAGAAAGGCAGUGGGAGGACGGUAGGUCUGAUACUGUUCUAAAUCUGCUGAUGAGUGGAUGCAGACUAGACUGCAGGAAAAAGAAAUGUUAGACGAAACAACAAGGCCAAAACCGCAACCCCCCCCCCUAAUUGUCAGUCGAUAAUAGAUAUGAUUUACGUAUAUAAAAUAUGUCGUAAGUUAUACAAAGCAGACAAAAAAAUGAUAUUUUGUUGCAUGGAAGAUAGAUAAACAGUAGAAAUACAAAAGCUGAGCUGCUCCACUGAGCAGGAACAGCCAGUGCCACUGAAAAUUAAUCUCUUGUUUUUACCCAAUUUGUUUUGCUCUGAUUAAACAAAUAAGGUAAUGUGUUUAUAUCGAUCUUUGGAAGUGAAGCCAUCCAAACUAAUUUCCUUGAGACAUCAUUCCAAUGAAAGGCCGUGCCAUACACAACAACUUAAUAUCUGUAAUUGUAAAUCAAUACACUUAAAGAGUAACUUCUCGCAGGCUGAAAACCUUUGCUGACCUGCCAUGACUACAUCUGCUACAGGAAUGUGCAGGUCGGCUCAGUGCGGCACUAAAGACCAAUAUGUUUUAAUAUUUAAAACCAGACAAUGCAGUAAAAACAAUGCUCCUCAGCCCGAUGUGAGCUCGUUCUCCAGCAUCAGAAUCACUGAUAUUCUGCACCAGCAGAGUUACGACCCUGUGAAUGUGUGUCAGAGGGCAGAUUUAUUCAAAAUACAACAGUUCGAUCGAGCCCACACCUCUGCGGGCCUGUGGCCAAAGUGUUGGCUCGCCCUUGAUGUGUGUGUGUGGGCCCUGCUGUCAGCAGUUUCUGUUGUUGUGGAGGAUCAUACAUUAUUGAGGCCCUCUCCUUCUCCUUCUCCUUCUCCUCUGCUACUCCCCAGAGACCUUUAGAGAUAAAGCAAUAAAUAUUCAAUGUCAGCAUUGAACUGUUCUUGUAAGUGGGAGUCUACAGUCAUAUAAUUACAUUUCCACUUUGUUAGUGAGUUAAACACUGAGAUAGUGGCAAGACAACCUUCAGAGACCCUUCACAUCUGAAAGUUCAGACGUCCUGAAUAGACCAAAGAUGGACGAAAGGUUGUGAAGGAAUCUUAGGACAAGCAGAUUUGACAUGCCAAAUGGAACCAUCUGCCAGUGUGUGUUCGGGAGGCUGACACCAUCUCUUAAGGGACUUAAAACCUUACUUAAACCUUAAAUCAUAUUCAUAAGGCUGGCUGAGUUAUCCUUUAGUUUAUGCUGCUAUAGGCCUAGACUGCUGGGGGAACCCCCAUUGUGCACUG